AUGCGACUUGUAAUUACUGGAGUAUGGGUAACAGGGAUUCUAGUAACAUGGCCGACAAGUAUCUCAAGUGGUGCAACAACAACGACCGUCUCUGAUGAACAAUGCUCAGUUGAAACCAUCAAUAAUCUUAUUGUCUUUGCAGCAAUAAUCGCAUUUUUCAUCCCGCUGAUUAUUCUGUUAUACACUAACAUCAGUAUUUCAUGCGUUGUUCGUAACCAGUACAAAAAGAUCCAAGCGCAAGUCAACUCAGUGUGGGACAAUUCAACAAGUCGCCAAUAUGUACGCAGCCGACAACGACACGCCAUUAAGACCACAACUAACCUAAUAGUUGUCUUCAUACUGAUGUGGAUGCCAUACUUUUGUAUGAGUAUUGUAUACGUGUGCUACCCAGAUAAUGAAAUUGUUCAGAAUUUGUUGUAUUACUUUGGAUGGUUAGGGUAUGCUAACUCUGCUAUCAAUCCAUGGUUAUAUGCUCAUAACAGAGACUUCAGGUCUGCGUAUAAACAACUUCUCACAUGUAAAUCUGAAGACUGGGCACGUAGUGGGCCUAAAUAA